UGUCAGUCAUUCUGUGGGACAAAACAUACCCACCCAGUGUCCCCGAAAAGAGGAGAGAGGACGAGCGUUUCAACAACAGUAGACAACGGGGAAAUGAAGUUGCCAGUCAGGCCAGCCAGCUAGCUAUCUCCUUUAAACUAGGCUGCCAGCUAAUUAGGUGAUAACUGGCAGGUUUAGAUUAAUUAGCACCGCAACGAUGGUCCUCCGUCAGAGAAUAUUGUAGCCGCAUUUUGUUACGAGUCGCCGGGAAUAUAACGCUUCUGGUCUGAGAUAAGAUUACAUUUAAAUGUAGUCUUACCGUGGAAAAAACAGCAAAGAAGUAACAACUUGAUAGCCUACUAGCUAACAUUUACCCACCUAGCUUCCUACAACGUCAAAACUACACUUCACAUUUGGUCGGUCACACGCUCGUUAAACUUUGCCGAUGAACAUUGCUGCAGCUGUGACAUCGUUUUCUACUAGACACCGUUUGCUACCAAGUGUCGACUUUCAACUAGAGACUAACCUACUGGCGCCGUGGCCUUGCUUUCCACAGGGCUUGGAUAACCUCAUUCAGUCAUGCCCUUUCCUUUCGGGAAGUCUCAGAAGAGUCCAGCAGAAAUAGUGAGGAGUUUGAAAGAAAAUGUGGCAUACAUGGAAAAACUGGACGCUGGGGAAAGUAAAAAGUGUGAAAAGGUGGCAGAGGAAGCUUCAAAAAAUCUAGCUUCCCUGAAGGAGGUACUUUGUGGGACAGGUGACAAAGAGCCUCAGACCGAAGCAGUGGCUCAGCUUGCACAGGAGUUGUACAACACCAACCUUCUCAUUUCACUCAUUGCAAAUUUGCAAAGGAUUGACUUUGAGGGGAAAAAGGAUGUGGUUCAUCUGUUCAGUAAUAUAGUGAGACGUCAGAUUGGCACGCGCACUCCCACGGUAGAAUACAUCUCUACACACCAACAGAUCCUCUUUAUGCUUCUAAAAGGAUAUGAGAAUGCAGAAGUGGCUCUGAACUGUGGAAUGAUGCUGAGAGAGUGUCUUCGCCAUGAGCCCUUAGCGAGGACGAUUCUCCUCUCUGAAGAGUUCUACUAUUUCUUCCGAUAUGUGGACCUCUCCACCUUUGACAUAGCAUCAGAUGCUUUUGCAUCGUUCAAGGAUCUCCUCACAAGACACAAGCUUAUGUGUGCUGAUUUCUUGGAGACCAAUUAUGACCGGGUAUUCACAGAAUAUGAGAAGCUCCUGCAUUCUGACAAUUACGUCACCAAACGGCAGUCAUUAAAGCUCUUGGGGGAACUUCUGCUGGAUAGACACAACUUCACAGUCAUGAAAAAGUACAUCAGCCGUGCAGAGAACUUGAAACUGAUGAUGAACAUGCUACGGGAUAAAAGUCGCAACAUCCAGUUUGAAGCGUUCCAUGUUUUCAAGGUAUUUGUUGCAAACCCCAGCAAGACUCAGCCAGUGCUGGACAUCCUCCUGAAGAACCAGGCCAAGCUGGUGGAGUUCCUGAGCAACUUCCAGACAGACCGGUCAGAGGAUGAGCAGUUCUGUGAUGAGAAAAACUAUCUGGUCAAGCAGAUCCGAGACCUUAAGAAGCCCACAUCUCCCGAAGAAGCUUGAGGCUGCAGGAUGGAGUGCUCCAAAAGUGGUAGAUGCAGUCGUGGCGGCCAGCGUUUAGACAUGCUUCUGUAAGGUUUAGCGUUAACUGCAAAAUAUAGGGAUGAACUAAAGAUGACUUCUGUCUAUUUUUAGUUUGGAUGGGAUUUGCAAAUAACAACCUGAGUUGGGCAAAGAACUCUUAUAUAAACCGUAGUGCUUCUUAAGUGUUAAAAUGCCCUUUCUUAUAAUGUUGGACCUUAAACUGUUUCUAUUCCACAUUUUUGCCAGCACAGACCAUAGAAUGAAAACACCCUAUUGGUAGCAUUUGGUCCGGCAGUAAGAUAAUGACAGAAUCUCAUCUGUUUUUUGACUGAAAAACUGAUGGGCAAUUCAUUUUUCAAAAAGAUCCAAUCCAACCCCUCUCAUAAAAGGAUCUGAUUCAUUGCCUUAUUGUUCAGUUUCUUUCAUCUGAGGAUUUGAACAAUGUCGAAACACAGCUUUGGCAUGUGGAUCAUAUUAACCAAGUUUGCACAUUGUCAUUCCUGGUGCCUAAUAUGUCUUUUUUAGGCCUUAGUCUGCAUUUUGCGCUCAUAGAGGUUAGCGAGGAGAUUACCAAUGCAUUUGCAAGCACAGGAAGAGAAAAUCAAAGCAGCAGAGGAAUUAAUUGAUUGUGAGGUGAUUUUAGCCCAGUGCUCAGCGGGGCUAGCAUGUCUGAAAUAGAAACAAGGCAUCAAUUAGUGCUGCGGGGUAGCCGCCAUCCGUGCACCAUGAACACAAUAUGCCAAUUGAUCUCACUGGGAGGACCUUGUUCCACCCUCACAUUGUCAUGUACAUGGUAUUAGGGCCACACGGAAAAGCAAAAUACUAAUACUAAUUUAGCCAUCGAAUUCUGAGAACACAGUUGGAAAUACUUCCUGGAUGAAGCCGAAACAUUACUUGAUUGAAGUCAUCAUUUGUUUUUUUUUUCUUCAUAAUUUUGAAGAGAGCAGUUUUUUUCUUCUCCCAAUCAUGAUCUAGAAAUGCUUUAACAAAUAGUUAUUACUUUAUAUGUAUGGUAUGUCUCCAGCUUCUGAUCUCAGACUGUUUAAGUUUUGACGUUCACUAACUGAAUUAUGGCUUGAAUCUUGGAUUUUGUUUCUUUAAUAUUCCAACUUUAUUCCUGUAACUUUACAACUUAGUCUCGUAACAUUUUUCGUUGUAGAUUUCUGAAGUUUUUUUGUUUGUUUUGUUUUUGUGGGCCUAAUACUCAUGUAUCCUUUUAAAUGUAAAAAAAAAAAUUACUUCUCAGGCAUGACUGAUCCCAGGCAAAUCUGGAAAGUUAAGAUGGCAUUUACGCAGUGAUGCUGCUAGGAUGCACCUUAAGUAUUUAUGCAGACGCACAUAGGAGUCAUACCAAAGUCUGUUUUCCAAUCAGUUAACAUUUAGAUUUUAUUAUUUAACAAUGGCAUGCCUCACUUUAUAAAUUUUACUUGAUUCAGAAAAAUCGAGACUGUCGUAAAUUUAAUAUGAAAUCAUUUGUUUUGAAAUAUUUUACUCAAGAUUAUUUGGCAAAUUCUACAACGCAAAAUGUACACAGGGUCAAAUGUCUUUGUGAUAUUAUUAUUAUUUUUUAAAAUAUAUGAUUGUAAUAUUGCUUUUGUUCCACUGAUGCACUUUUGAUGCAUCACUCAAUCAAGAGGCACUAUGUUAUGAUAUGCCUGGUGAAUAUAUUGAUUUCCAUGCAGUCAUCAUUUCAUUUGGUGUAUCUGCUUUACUUCUGCCAUUGGGAUGAAAAUGUUAAAUUUCAUGAUGCAUUUGUUUUGUGUGCAUAGUCCUCUUUAUAGUAAAUAGCUAAAAAAGAAUAAUAAUUUCCCCCCCCCCCUUGCUAUUACUUGACAUUUCAAUUUCAGUGGUUUGUAUGCAUGCAUUAUGUGAUCUCUAUAUGGUCAAACUUGAACAGGGUUUUCUUGAUGGGAAACAUUUAAAAAAAUAUUUAAUUAGGUGGUGCCACAUGGAUGUUAUUUCAUAAUGAAUUACAGUGUGGAACCUUUAUGUUGAGUGAUGCUUUAUUUAAAGACAUUAAAUGGAUUAUAGCGGUCAUGUUCAUUUCAAUUCUGUGGUUUUAAACCAAACUCUUUAUGAUAGGUGGAUGUGUACACUUCUGUCUUCCAAAUUUUGUGUGCAGCAAUCAUACCUAUUAGCCCAAAUACACCCAAACAGUAUAUGUUACGCUUUGUCCAGUGUAAAUAGUAAAAACAAUAUCCACAAUAGUUGCUAAGUGUGUAUAGUGCAAGUGUCUCUCUCUGUUAUACAACCACUCUAGAGGGAGUGCCAAGUAACAUUUGGCACCAUAUUUAUAUUCUGCUAAAAAACAUUUCAUGUUUAUAGAAUCCUCCCUCUGGUUGUGACUGUAUACAGUAAAUCACUUGCAGGAUAGUGACAUUAAGUCCUUAAUUGUUAGACUAAUAAGCAAGAUGAUGUACUGAAUAGUCUUCUAAUUAGGGGUUUGACUAUUUCCUAAUUUUGGUAGUAUUUGGUGCCUUUUCCCCGGUUUCCCCAUGCGUUGAGUGAGUUACUUUUGGUGUUCUCUGUACAUACAUUUAUAAAUAAAAGUGUGAAAGCAUUCAUUAAAUAAACUUUGUGGCAAUUUAA